UUUGGGCAAGAUCAGGAAUGUUGAUCUAUAAACCACCUAUUAUAAUACCCUUUCUAUCCGGUCAAGGCCGAAAUAUAGCAUUGCGAUGGAUCAACAGCUCAUCAUAUGAAAAGGGGUCUGAUAUCCGACUCGACGCAGUCAUCUCAACACUGAUGCAGCGCGAUUUUGGCUUUCCAGUUAGUUUGGUGAGAUCAAUCCUGGCAAUAGCACAAUAAUCAAGAACUCUCUUUUACAUGGGUGAUUUUUUGGCAUAUAAUAACUUCUUCCAUCACUGUUAUUGCCAG